AUGGUAAUCGACUCAAACGAGGAUGGCUUCUCUCCCAAGAACCUCGUCGCUAUCUGCAGCACGGAUCAAAGCACGAAGACAAAAAAGCAAGGGUACAUUGGCGAGAAGGGAAUUGGUUUCAAGUCCGUCUUCAAAGUCGCCAAAAAAGUGCACAUCCAGUCCGAGCCUUAUUCCUUCUCGUUCACCUACUCCCGCGACUCUCACGACGAUGAAGACGGGCUUGGUAUGGUGACUCCAAUCCAGGAGAGAUACUAUGACCUACCCGAAAACGUCCAGACGAGGUUCACACUGACGCUCCUUGCACAAUCCGACUUCGAGAAGCGGGUUGAGGAUUUGAACGACAUCCCAGAAAGUUUGCUUCUUUUCUUGACCAAACUCCGGAAACUGAGGCUGCAGAUCCACAACCCAUCAGGAAACGUGACUGAGAUCAUAUACUCCUAUCGGCGUGACGAGAAGCCAGGACUUGAUGUCAUUGUCAAACAGAAAUUGACCAAUGGGGAGCUUGACUCAGAGCGUGAGAGUCUGUAUCGGGUUUCGAAACGAGUUGUUACGGGCCUGCCGUACGACGGAAAGCGGGAAGGCAUAGACCAGGCAACUGUGGUACUAGCUUUCCCAGUGGACAAGAUAGGACAUCCAGUCCUCGAAAAUCAGCACUUGUUUGCCUUUUUGCCGCUCCGGCAUGUGGGCUUCCAGUUUCUGAUACAAUCAGACUUUGUCACUCAGGCGAGUCGUGAGGACAUCUUUCACUCUCCCAGGAACGAGGCUCUUCUCCGUGGCGUAGCAGAAACAUUCCGACAGGCAGUUUUGAGCUUCUGCAAAGACGAAAUCAUGCAAUACGAGUGGAUGGAAUACCUUCCGCCCGACACAGUGGCAGAUAAAUUCUGGAAAAAGCUGAGACCCUUGAUCGUCGACCUUCUGAGGAAUGAACGGAUUGUGAGGACAAGGAGUGGAAAAUUCUACCAACCUGCACAGCUUUGCUGGCUUCCAGACGAUUGUAAGGACCCGAGCGGAAACCCGCUUCUCUCGGAUCUUGAGCAAGAAAUCUACUUGGAUGUUGGUUAUCCUGAGGAUAACUAUCAAGACUUCGUUUCCGAGGAGGCCAUCAAAGAUCAUUCCCGAAAAAAGUUCUUCACUCUCCUUGGAGUCAAGGAAUGUAAUGUCAAGCAAGUCUUGCAAUGGAUCCGCCAGAAAUACGAGGGACCAUUAAACACAUUGGCCAUGAAAAAUUCGAUUGAGCACUUACGAUACUUCUUCUGGAACCUCCCGGGAGGAGAGGAAUCUCUUGGAUUUGACGUACGCAUUGUCGGUUCCGAUGGCUCCAUUCUACGACCAGACGAGAUCUAUCUUCCAGACGCCUUGGAUGAGUACAGUGCCGCAAAUCUCUUCGAGCCCGUGGAUGUAUCUACUGAAGGGUUUCCAGCAAAGUUCCUCCCAAUCAAGUAUUUACACGCAGAGUCUGAGCAUGCACGCCAUCAUGGGAUGUCGUGGAGGGACUGGCUCGAGAAAAUUGUCGGUAUCCCACGUAUUCCAAGAUUGACUUGCAACUCCGGCCUCACUGAAGACUUCCGAUACAUUAUGAAACAUCGUCCAGACAAGCUUCUCGGUCUCCUUCAAAAACACUGGUCUCAAUAUGAAUCGAUAAUACCCUCGGUGAGCGAUAAGCUGAGAGUAUGCGAGGUUCCCAUGGAAACAGGAAACUUAAAGUUUCUUGAGGGAGCCUACCUUCCUUUACCGAGAUUGAAGGAAUUGGUCAAGGAAAUUCCAAGGAGUGGGCUCAUUUUCGUCCAGCUUCCUGAGAGAAUUCGGGACGAAGAUGAGGGCAAAUGGAUUUUCCUCAAGCAAUUGGGGGUGCGGUUCAGCGAUGAUCUGGUAUUCUACAGGUUGAUGCUUUCCACAAUUGCCUCAAAUCGAGAACUCACUAGAGACGUUAUUGAGGCCUCUGUUUUCAACAUAUACAGCGGCAUCACGAGAAACUGUCGCACGGAUGAAGAUAUCACCAAGAUCAGGCCAAAGGCGGGGGAGAUAUACACCCAUCUAUCCAAAACGACCGAAAUUCACGACAACGCGUCGAUCCGGGAAAAUCUCGAGGAGCAUGAAUUGAUAUAUGUCUCGCUCAAACAGGCAUGGUUUCCUCUGUCCACAUGCAUCUGGGCUGAUGGUAGCAUCGAGGUCCCGCACAAACAUUCCAUCUGCACGGAAUAUAGGUCUCUGGAGGAUUUCUUCUGCUCCAGGCUACAUGUCCCAAGACCAGACGCCCCCAUGCUUGUCGACGCUAUCGAAGGAAUUACAAAAUUCCAUUUCGAACCAGAUCUAAUGGAUUCAUUGGUAGAGAUUUUCAUGGCGAUAAGCGAAAUGAACCCAGAGUAUGAGGAGCUGUCGCGCUUGGCAUCCAUGGAGUUUUUGCCUGUGCAGCUUCCGAAUGGAGAUCUGAAGCUCGUCAAGCCCCUCUACAACUUUUCUGUGGUAGACCGGACGGGAUAUGGUGAGGCAUUCGAGGGAAAAGCCGAAUUGCUUUACCUCUCUCCAACGGAGGUCCACUCCUGCAGAAAACUGCUUAUUGGACUUGGUCUUCUGAAUAAACUGAUGUCUAAAGCGGUCACGGAGACUACGACUGCUGAACACGGCAUCCCAAACCCAGGACUAACGAGGAAUUUCCAGCUGAAAGCAUAUGCACUCUUCAGUCGCAAGGCAAAAGGAAAGGAUAAAUCCUUGUACAAACUCCUCCAGACCGCCACGGUCCACAUCAGUCACUACAUUUCGAAGUCACUUAGCCUGAAGCAGGGGCCUACAGUCUACACCGUUGAAGACCUGGAGGCGAAUUUUCAUAUGGAUGUUGUUGAUGACCAUUUGAUGCUCUACGUACCAGCAGAAAAACAGAAGAUGGAAGCGUGCUACCUCGAGGAACUCCCGAAGCAUAUUUUCAACUUCUUUGAAAUCUCAGAUGAAGCUGCAGAGGCAGUGCUGAUCAAGAUUCUCGGGAGUAGCAGCCUUGAAAUGGUUGACAAUGUCCUUGAGAAGGCGGGGAUAGUCGAGGUCAAAGGGGUUUAUCGGCCUGUUGACGGCGAUAUUUCAAUUGCACGCGUGAGGACUGACAGCGUCCUGGACACACGAACGCAGCAGCCGCCCAACCGUGCUAACGGAGCGAGGUCCACCCCGCGUCAGAAUACAACAGCUCAUACGCACGCCGCCGACAUCGACCUUCCCGACUCUCGAAACGAUGAGCGUGACAACGCUGAAGACAUAGUCUCUGACUGGCGGCGAUCGCUGAGAACCCACUCUCCUGGUUCUCAGAUCUUUGAAUCAAUAGAGCAGCCUGUCGAAAACGCCGCGUAUGCUGCUCUGCUGGAUCGCCUCAUCGGUACCGCCAGGAACGCAUACAUCCCCCUCUGCGACUCCGCUUCCCACUGCUUCUGCUCUCACACACCCGAACUCGCAGUUUUUAACUGCUCCGAUUACCACAUCGACUAUCCGUCCAUCUUCACCAUGCGUUCUCUCGACCGCGACAGAAGAGUCGGCGCCGCAGGUGAACUUUUCGUCGUCGAGCUCCUCCGCCACCUCGAUCUCCCCAACUUCAGCGCCACCGCCAACUGGCUCAGCACACUCCGCAAGGAAGCGCGCGUGUGCAACAACUACUCCACGCUCGAGCCCUGGAACGGUGCAGAGACCUCGGACAUCGUGUACCACGACACAGAGGGCGCAUUCACCGCGCAGCUGCGCGAGAAGGGAUACCUCGAAGACGGCAUAACGGACGUCACCGACAAUCCGACCUACUACAUCGAGGUCAAGACGACGACGAGGGGGUGCGAGGAGCCGCUGUUCAUGAGCGGCGCACAGUAUGCGCGGAUGCAGAGGAUGGCGCUCAUGCCGGGGACGCCGGCGGCGGAGGUGUAUGUCUUGGUUCGGGUGUUCAAUUUGGAGCGGGAGGAUGUGGGGUUGAGGGUCUAUGUUGACCCGGAUAGGUACAGGCUUGCGGGGGCGCUGGCGUUCAGUGUUGAUACUUGGAUUGUGAAGCCGGACGUGUCGCAACCGCUUCCGGGGCGGAUUGUCGAUCUGAGUUAA